UCGAACAAUAAAGCGUUGGGCUUGGCGGAUCCCAGCCCUGGAGAGCGCCGCAGCGGAGAUGUGACGGCCCGCAUCAUCGACAUCAAAGCUCGCUUCCAAAAUUUUGGGCGGGCUGGAGGCCGACCCAGCUCCAUCGAACCCUCCCUCCGUCCACAACGUAUCCACCUCAUAUCAAAGCCAAUCAAUCAAUCAAUCUAACGCGUCCCCCGCUAACACUCCAUGGAUGCUCUCACGCCCGCAGAGCAGCGCGAGCUCGAGGGCCGCAUGCAGAAGAAGCAGAUGAAGGAAUUCAUGAACAUGUACUCCAAUCUCGUCCAGCGGUGCUUCGACGAUUGUAUCAACGGCUUCGAGAGCAAGUCUCUCACCUCGCGGGAAGAGAGCUGCGUCAUGCGCUGUGUGGACAAGCAUAUGAAGGGCUCGCAGCGAUUAGGCGACCGAUUCCAGGAGCAGAAUGCUGCCAUGGCCGCAUCGGGAGGCCUUUCUGGUCGGUAGGCCUGCGUCCAGGAAUAGGAAACCGUCGGCAUAUUUGGGCUCCAUACGGAUCACCACUCUCCAGCACAUGUUGGUGCAAGAUCUGCGAAGCAGGGCGGCGCUACGAACGUCGGCCCUCGAGGACCAGGUGGAGCAUUCGGAAUCUUUCAUCCACUGUAUGUGUAACCAAUUUGCGGGUUUUGGGAUCAAGAGCGGUUGGAAAAUCCUCUUCUGCGUCCAUCAAUGUCCCGUUCGAGCUUUCUUCCUUUCUUUCGGUGACCUGAGAAUACCAAGCUUGACGCUUCCAUGCUAUUAUAUUCCGUUCUAUAAGGUUCUGUUUCUUUCAAGAGUAAACCAAUUUACUUCAACCACAGCAAAUGCAGAAGC